GACGCGUCCGUUUAUUCGUCCAAAGUGUUAGUGGUGGAAGUUAAGUGAAGUAUGGAGCCUGGAAAGAGAAUUCGCAAAGGGAAGGCUGUUGCCAAAAUUACGGAGGAUAAAAGGACUGACGAAGCCGCAGAUGAGCGAGAAGCUCCGAGACCGAAGAAGAUGCACACUGACGACUCUGCUCCUGCUGCUUACGACGGGGAAGUCGUCUCUGAAGUUGUCAAGUAUGAGUCUUCACCCCUUCCAAGAAGGUAUUAUGAUUUAGACACCACAGAGCCAAUCAGCUUUAGUCUAAAAUCACUGGAGGAUCUACAGUCAUGGAGUCCCACAGAUGCUGAUAAAUUUAAUGUCGCUUCAGUACCACUGGCCAGCCGUCGGCCUCCUCUCUGCAACAGCCAAAAAAGGACAUUAGUUUGCCAUGACUUCAUGGGUGGUUACGUGGAGGACAGGUUUAUCCAGGGUGCAGAGGCAGAGACUGUAUACACCUUCUACCAUUGGCAGUACAUUGACAUAUUUGUUUACUUCAGUCAUCAUAUGGUAACUGUUCCACCUGUCUGUUGGACAAAUGCAGCACACAGACAUGGUGUUUCUAUUUUGGGAACAUUUAUCACAGAGUGGACCGAUGGAGCUAAUAUAUGUGAGUCAUUUUUGGAGUCUGAGUCAUCAUUGCAUUCGGUUGCCAACAAACUUGUAGAAAUUGCUCUCUAUUAUGGUUUUGAUGGAUGGCUAAUAAACAUUGAGAACCAGUUAAGUGAGACUGCUGUAAAGAAUCUACCCACAUUUCUGCAAUAUCUGACAGAUAAGAUGCACCAGGCACUUCCAGGCAGUCUUAUUCUCUGGUAUGAUAGUGUACUGGAGACAGGGAAGCUGCAAUGGCAGAAUGAGCUCAACAGUCAGAACAUGGUGUUCUUUAACUCAUGUGAUGGCAUUUUCACGAACUACAACUGGACAGAGGAACACUUGAAGCGUAUGAUAUCCCAGGCUGCUCAUCGGUUGAGUGACAUUUAUGUGGGAGUGGAUGUCUUUGCUCGCGGAGAUGUUGUUGGGGGAAAGUUUGACACACACAAGUCUUUGAAGCUGAUUCGCCAGUAUAAUUUGUCAGCUGCUAUCUUUGCUCCGGGUUGGGUGUAUGAGUGCAAUGACAAGAAGCAAUUCCGACAGACUCAGAGCAAGUUUUGGAGCAUGUUGUAUGAUUACCUUCCAACUCACAGUGUUGCUGUUCUACCUUUUGUCACCUCUUUUUGUCAAGGAUUUGGAAAGUGUUUCUACUUAAAUGGAAAGGCACAAUCAGUGAAAAGCUGGUUCAACCUAAGUGCACAAGAGGUGCAGCCUCUGUUCUUUGACCAGGUUUUAGACACCCCUAAUAACUGCUUACUACGGACUUGUUGCUCCCAAGAUGAUGCCUGGAAUGGAGGAAGUUCCUUAUUAAUAGAGGGUGUGAUCCCAGUCUCUAAGGAUAGUGUGAGUAUUAGACUCUUUUCCCUUCAAGUUCCUGCUCCACCAAGGAUAUUCAUCUCCUUUGUUUACAAAUUAGACCCAUCCUCAAAAGUGAAGGUUGCAGUGCAGCUUGAGGCCAGCGAUGCUCCCCUUUGUAAUUUUAAGGAUAUCUCGUUAGUGGUUCCAGCAAAAAAAUCAGUUUCUAGCCUGAUGCCCGAAUGUUUGUCAGAAGAUGACCCUAUAGUGAAGGAAUUUACCCAAAAUUGUGGAAUGUGGAGUAAUGAGGGCUGGAUUCUAAAAUGUUAUCUUGUGGAACUGAAAGGUUGUUGGCUACAAGAUAUCUUCAUCAACAUCUCAAAGGUGGGGUCAAGAAAUAAUGAAGUACGCUUUGUAAGCAGGAUCGGUGAGAUCAAGGUUUUGGAUGCUGCUCACCUGUCUGAAGUUCAUCCAUCUGUAACAAAUCUAAGCUUGCUUGAUGUGGUCUGGAGGCAAGGAUUUUCAGAUGGUGACACCUUCCAGCUGUAUUUUAAUGGCACUUUUUGCUGGCAGUACUCUUCAGUGGCAGCAUAUUUCAAGAUAUACUGGCGCCUUAUUCAUGGUUCUAAGUCCCAGUCUCAUUCAGGGGAGGAAGUGGAAAAGUGCGCUACUCUCAUUGGUAGAGCCUAUGCCACUGUGUAUCGAGUGAUUGAGCUGCCAGUUCCAAAGGCCCAAAAUGAUGGUUCAUGUUGGAUGGAAUUUCUUGUGGAACCUGUUAGCAAAGAAGGAUUCAUUGUAGACAAGUCCAAGUGGGGAAAGCUAAGACUGAAAUACAGUAUGCCUCCCUGCAAUCUAGACAGUCAAGCAGAUUGCUGAUGGUACCCUCCAACCCACCUAUCCCUCUGCAGUAAAUCAGUCAGCUUUUGGCCAACACGUAUGGCACAGUGUGAAGGCAGUUUAUGACCACUAUUCUCACAAGCUAAAAACAAAAUCUGGCUAGAGCAGCAGUGGCUUUU